AUGUCUGAUACCAGCUUGCUCACGCAACUCAUCUCGGUCCGCCAUGACUUGACUCUGGAUGUGGACUCGAUGAACGAUCAAGCAGUGGCCGAACUGAAGGCGAAGGGGUAUACCUUCCAUGAUAUGACCUCCAACCAAGCCAUCGUGUUUGGCCAACUCACGGAUGAGCGACAAUGGGCCGGCCUUUCUGCCGAAAUCAAGCAGUUCAUAGGUCGCCAUAGUUUAAACCUGCGUGAAGACGGUGACGUUUUAAGAGUCAUUAACCUUGCGACGGUCUUGCUGGCCCGGAAGGUGUAUUCAUAUCUUGCACCUACUGGACGUCUCCACGCGCAGAUAAGCCCCUCCUUUUCGUUUGAUACAGAGAAAAUCGUGGAACACGCGAAACAAUUAGUACGAUUGUUCAAGGACUACGAUAUACCGAAGGAACGAGUUUGCAUCAAGAUCCCGAGCACACCAGCGGGACUCUUAGCUUGUAGACAGCUUGAAGGCGAGGGUAUACGAACUUUGGCGACUUGCUUGUUUUCCGUCCCUCAAGCUGUGGCUGCACAUCAAGCAGGGUGUCUCUACGUAGCGCCCUAUUUCAAUGAGCUCCGAGCACAUUUUGAGCGUGGCGUCUGGAAGGAAUACAAUGACACCGUCCACGAACACCCAAUGGCACCUGUCAUAUAUUCGAUCGUAAAGGCGUUCCAGAAGCUGAACUCGAAUACCCUUGUUAUGCCUGCUAGCAUCGUCAAUUUGAGCGAAGUCGUUGCCCUCACGAGGCUUUCUCCUAAUCACCUCACCAUAUCUGCUAGAGUGUUGCAGGACAUGGCACAACCUGGAACAGCGGUCGCGAACGAGGAAUUGGAACAGGUUGUAAUGGAUGGAGUCAAUAGUUCUGGUAAGGGAAACCACAGGAACAACUGGGCUGACGCUCUCUCCGAAGCCAUACAAGCAGAUACGGAAACGCAACGCAAGCUAAAUGACGCACUGCAAAUUUUUGAUGACACUGGAACGGAAGACGAAAGCAUUUCUCUGCGAAAGGCUUCUCUGAUUGUCGGGAAGGAUCAGGAAACCCCAUCUGAAGAAUACAUGUACUGUAGAUACCGAAGACCAGAAACAAAUAGAUGCAUAAUGUGUAAGCAAAUGCGCGCCAUUUUCCCUCACAUGUCCCAUUUAGGAAGGGGCAGGCGAGGAGGGAGGCGAGUACGCCAGCCCCCGCCUCCAGAAGUGGGUUUCUCUUGUUGGGAUUUUAGUUGUGCUGGGAUUACUGAUGACGCCGUUGGGCUAGAGGGGGAACUGUCAUGA